ACACACACUACACACACACAUAGAUAUAAUUCUCUUGAAUCCUAAGCCAUCUUUUUUUUUUUUUAUAAUUUUUUAUUGGAUUUUAGGUUUUGGGGUACAUGAGCAGAGCAUGCAAGACAAUUGCGUAGGUACACACAUGGCAGUGUGCUUUGCUUUCCUCAGCCAUCUUAAGGUUAGGUAGAAUGAUUUCCAUUUUACAAAUGAAAACUGAAGAAUUAAAACACAGACUUGGGCAUAUAUAACGGUAAAUACAGUAGUUCAAUGAACCUUCGUAUUGUACCCAUCACUCAGCUUCAUCUGUUAAUCUUAAUUUCCAGUCUCCUCACUUCUGUUUUCUUAAAAUUUUUUUCUUUUAAUUUCCCUUGGCUAUCAUGACUAAAAGAAAUUCAAACUGUAAGAGCAGUUCAUUUAACACUCGUAUGAUUUUUGGCUAGAUAACUAAUUGUUAGAAUAUGCCAUAUUUUCUUUUUGAUAAUCUGCAUUAUUUUGAGAGUUGCAGACAUUUUGACAUAUUUUUCUUAGGAAUGAGGGAGGGCCUUCUUCCUAACCAUAACAUAGCCAUCACAUUCAAACUUGACAUUGAUACAAUACUACCAACAAAUGUUCAAUUCAUAUUGAAAUUUACACUGUUCUCCAGUAAUACUUUUUAGUGUUUUAAUUCAGUAUUCAGUCAAGGAUCAUACUUGUUUAGUCUCCUUGAACAGUUCCAAAGCCUUUGUCAUUAAUAUGAGAGGCACUUUGAAGAGCUUUGGAGUCCAGGCCCACUGUUUUGCAUAAUCCUUCACUUUGGAGUUGUCUGUAGUUGCAUUUUCAUGAUUAGAGUUAGACAUUGUUGACAAAUGAAUAUUCCAUAGGGAUGUCAGUCUAUCAUAUCAGCAGGCAUGCCACUUCGUUAAGCAAUCAUUUGGUUAUGUGGCAUUCACCAGAAUGCACCAUUGCAAAUGUACCCUAUUUCCCUUUUGUAUUAAGUGAUCCAUGGAGCAACAAACAUGAAACUGAAUAUUUUGUUCUCCAACAAUCAUUAGUUUUAGCAUCUGUUAGUGACUGAAUUGUUCAUUGCAGGAGUACUUUAAAGCAAACGUAGAUCUAUCAUUUCAUCUGUAAUUAGUAUGUAAGAAAUAAGGACUUUUAAAAAACAACUGUAGUGCCUUUAUCACACCUAACUAUAAUUCCUUAACAUCUAAUGUUGAUGUUCAAAUUUCCUGAAUUGUCUAAAGUGUCUCUUAGAGUUUUGGUUGACGCUCAAUCUAAACAAGGUCCACGAGUUAUGUUUACUUAAUGAUCUUAAGUCCCUUACUCUGUAACAACUUUCCCCACUCUUUCCCUUUCUGGAUUUGACUGAUCCCUUCUGCUGUUUUUGUAUGUUGUUCUAUUCCAGGUAAUUUCUGUAGACCCAUAGGUAGAAAUGUAAUUAGAUCUAGGUUUUGUUUUGUAAGAGUACUUAAGUGGUCUUGGGAGGGUUAGAUCACAUCAAGAGGGCACAUGUCUGCUUUUUAGAGAUAAGAUUAAUUGUUGGUGUGGGUACAGCUGUUGUCAGCGUCAUCUGUCUGUUUUGAAGCCCUCCAGCAACCAUUUUCCUGAAGGUUUUAGCAUCCCUGUACUCAUAGCCUGGGGGCAUUAAUGGUGAUUUUUCUCAUUGCAUUAUUCCGUCUGCAUCAGCUGGAUGUUAUCUGACGUGUGUUUAUUUCGUGUGUGUGUGUGUCUUCCUGAAAAGUGUUGUAAUAGGAUGCAUUCUUUAUUUCAGAGAGGGUGUUCAUGAACCCCCUUAGUGAUCCUCUCAAAUGUCCUCAGUUUUCUCAUUUGUAAGUUGGGGAUCAUUAUGUCUGCCUCUUGGGGUUUUUGUGAGGAUUAGAUGAGCUCAAACAUAUAGUGUGAAAAUAGUGCUUGGUGCAUGGUGUUUGGUAAAUGCUAGCUACUAAGUUAACUUAUUUAGUUUUGUGGGAACUUUGAAUGGAAGUGUAAUGGAGAGGUGAAAGAGGGAGUUCUUCAUACGUUGACAUCAGGGUGCUUGGGCUUGUGUCGAGUGAGCUGAAGGGAAUUUUCGUUUGCAGGCACUGACUAUUCCUUCAGCUGUGUGGAAACAGUGGCCAGACAAACACACACAGGGAUGGUCUACACAUACCACUGCACACUAGGUAGUGGAUGUCGACAAUUGCAGAUGUAAAACCUGGAACACAUUCCACAAUGGAGUUAGCACAGUGAAGGGAAGUGGGCCACUCUGGUGGUAGGUUGAGAGAGAGAUGGUGGCUCCAGAUACAGGUUUUUACUAUGUCAUGGUCCGCUGAGUUUUUUUUUUUUUUUUUUGGAGUAGAGUCUUGCUCUUUUGCCAGGCUAGAGUGCAGUGGCACAAUCUCAGCUCACUGCCACCUUUGCCUUCUGGGUUCAAGUGAUUCUCCUGCCUCAGCCUCCUGAGUAGCUGUGACUCCAGGCACUUGCCACCACACCCAGCUAGGUUUUGUAUUUUUAGUAGAGAUGGGGUUUCACCAUGUUGGUCAGGAUGGUCUCUAUCUCUUGAUCUCAUGAUCUGCCCAUCUCGGCCUCCCAAAGUGCUGGGAUUACAGGCCUGAGCCACCGCUCUCGGCCCCGCUGAUAUUUUUAUCUGAAUGAACGUAGUUGUCUAGUUCAGUUUGCCUUGUCAUUCCACACACCUUCAACUGAAGCUAUUCAAGAUUGCAGAUCACUGGUGGAGGAGGGAGGAGGCGCUUUUUCUCUUUAGGCCUCUUUAAUCUGCAUCUCUUGUUGCUUAAAAAAACCCACUGUUGAUGGUAAUAUAGGAUAUUCGAAGUUUAGCAGUCCUGAUGGUGAAGAACUUAGUUAAUAUUUGACUUGUUUAUUAAACAAACAUUUGGGCACCUGUAGUGUGUACGAUGAUGUUCUGGACACUAGGACACAUCAGAACAACACAGAUAAGAUUCUAUCCUCAUGGAGUUUACAUAUGUGGUAGUGAGGAGACAGAAGACACAUACGUUUUAUAGCAUAUUAGGUGUUGAGUACUAUGGAUAAAUAACAAGGCUGGAGAGGAGGCGUUGAGAUGGUCAGGGAAGUUACUUUUGUGCAAAGUCACAGAGGAGGGCAAGUUUUGUGGGGGUAUUAAGUUGCCUGCAUAGGGAAUGGCCAGUCCCAGAGGCUGGUUUGGUCCAUUGUGAUGAAAGGGGUGACUGCUUGCUGUAUUAGUUUCCUGUAGUGGGCCAAGGGCAGAAGCAUGGAGACAAGGAGCCAGGACAGUAAUCGGGAUGAGAUGGGAUGGUGAUUGGAACCAAGGGUUGGUACAGUAGGCUUCACUAGACUUAGCUGCAACUCAGAAUUUCUCCUCCAGCACCUGAGUAAAUGCUGAUGGUCUUGUGGAGAGUGGAUUAAGAGUACGAGCUAAGUUCUCAAUCCCAAUUAAGAAGCGGAAAAUUUAAACUGUCUUCUUCAAAGUUUAUCACAACCACCACCAUCAAGACAGCAAACCAAAGGACAAAGACUUUGACCUGCUGUGUUGCUCUGUAUAGUCCAGUUCACGUAUGGUUUACAGACUUGGCUGGGGUUACUAAAAAUAAAUAAAGCUGGACACUUCUGUCAUUGGACGCUAUUAUUCACGAGUUACCAGAAUGAGAGCUGUACUGGACACAGCAGACAUUGCCAUAGUGGCCCUGUAUUUUAUCCUGGUCAUGUGCAUUGGUUUUUUUGCCAUGUGGAAAUCUAAUAGAAGCACCGUGAGUGGAUACUUCCUGGCGGGGCGCUCUAUGACCUGGGUAGCAAUCGGUGCCUCUCUGUUUGUGAGUAAUAUUGGGAGUGAGCACUUCAUUGGGCUGGCAGGAUCUGGAGCUGCAAGUGGAUUUGCAGUGGGCGCAUGGGAAUUCAAUGCCUUACUGCUUUUACAACUUCUGGGAUGGGUUUUUAUCCCAAUUUACAUCCGGUCAGGUGUAUAUACCAUGCCUGAAUAUUUGUCCAAGCGAUUUGGUGGUCAUAGGAUUCAGGUCUAUUUUGCAGCCUUGUCUCUGAUUCUCUAUAUUUUCACCAAGCUCUCAGUGGAUCUGUAUUCAGGUGCCCUCUUUAUCCAGGAGUCUUUGGGUUGGAAUCUUUAUGUGUCUGUCAUCCUGCUCAUUGGCAUGACUGCUUUGCUGACUGUCACCGGAGGCCUUGUUGCAGUGAUCUACACAGAUACUCUACAGGCUCUGCUCAUGAUCGUUGGGGCACUUACACUUAUGAUUAUUAGCAUAAUGGAGAUUGGCGGGUUUGAGGAAGUUAAGAGAAGGUACAUGUUGGCCUCACCCAAUGUUACUUCCAUCUUGUUGACAUACAACCUUUCCAACACAAAUUCUUGUAAUGUCCACCCUAAGAAAGAAGCCCUGAAAAUGCUGCGAGAUCCAACAGAUGAAGAUGUUCCUUGGCCUGGAUUCAUCCUUGGGCAGACCCCAGCCUCGGUAUGGUACUGGUGUGCUGACCAAGUCAUCGUGCAGAGGGUCCUUGCAGCCAAAAACAUUGCUCAUGCCAAAGGCUCUACUCUUAUGGCUGGCUUCUUAAAGCUUCUGCCAAUGUUUAUCAUAGUUGUUCCAGGAAUGAUUUCCAGGAUACUGUUUGCUGAUGAUAUAGCUUGCAUCAAUCCAGAGCACUGCAUGCUAGUGUGUGGAAGCAGAGCUGGUUGCUCCAAUAUUGCUUACCCACGGCUGGUGAUGAAGCUGGUUCCUGUGGGCCUUCGGGGCUUAAUGAUGGCAGUGAUGAUUGCAGCUCUGAUGAGUGACUUGGACUCUAUCUUUAACAGUGCCAGUACCAUAUUCACCCUCGAUGUGUACAAACUUAUCCGCAAGAGCGCAAGCUCCCGGGAGUUAAUGAUUGUGGGGAGGGUUUUUGUGGCCUUUAUGGUGGUGAUCAGCAUAGCAUGGGUGCCAAUCAUCGUGGAGAUGCAAGGAGGCCAGAUGUACCUUUAUAUUCAGGAGGUAGCAGAUUACCUGACACCCCCAGUGGCAGCCCUGUUCCUUCUGGCAAUUUUCUGGAAGCGCUGCAAUGAACAAGGGGCUUUCUAUGGUGGAAUGGCUGGCUUUGUUCUUGGAGCAAUCCGUUUGAUACUGGCCUUUGCCUACCGUGCCCCAGAGUGUGACCAACCUGAUAACAGGCCAGGUUUCAUCAAAGACAUCCAUUAUAUGUAUGUGGCCACAGUAUUGUUUUGGGUCACGGGACUCAUUACUGUAAUUGUGAGCCUUCUCACGCCACCUCCCACAAAGGAACAGAUUCGUACCACCACCUUUUGGUCUAAGAAGAACCUGGUAGUGAAGGAGAGCUGCUCCCCGAAAGAGGAACCAUACAAAAUGCAAGAAAAGAGCAUUCUGAGAUGCAGUGAGAAUAAUGAGGCCAUCAACCACAUCAUUCCCAACGGGAAAUCUGAAGACAGCAUUAAGGGCCUUCAGCCUGAAGAUGUUAAUCUUUUGGUAACCUGCAGAGAGGAGGGCAACCCAGUGGCUUCCUUAGGUCAUUCAGAGGCAGAAACACCAGUUGACGCUUACUCCAAUGGGCAAGCAGCUCUCAUGGGUGAGAAAGAGAGAAAGAAGGAAACAGAGGAUGGAGGUCGGUACUGGAAGUUCAUAGACUGGUUUUGUGGCUUUAAAAGUAAGAACCUCAGCAAGCGGAGUCUCAGAGACCUGAUGGAGGAGGAGGCUGUUUGUUUACAGAUGCUGGAAGAGACUCGGCAAGUUAAACUAAUAUUAAAUAUUGGACUUUUUGCUGUGUGUUCACUUGGAAUUUUCAUGUUUGUUUAUUUCUCCUUAUGAACUUAUGGAUAUGGUGAGACACUAACUUAAGACAAUACUGACUGGUCUUUGGGGAAAAAAAGUUAUGUAACUGUUGCAUCUCUCAGGCAUUGUUUACGCUGUAGGUUUUAGCCAAAUUUUACUUAGCAGAAAAUCAUCUACUUACAGGACUUUAUUUUCCCAGAGAUGGAUGAAAGUAAAUCUUCAACUUAAAUGAAGCAAAACUUAACAGACUGAAUUGUGCAAAUGUGGUUUUAAAUUUUACAUACCAAAGUAAGGAGGGACCAAUUAUUUUCACAGAGCACUUAGAGCAGAAUAUAUGUUAAGUUACCAUGAAUUAAGGUACACUGUCUGCACUGCCAAGUCUUGGCAGACCUUCUUACCCUGAAGUGUAGAAGAUUUGCUCAUUUCUAAAAAUUUUUUCUGUCUCUGUAAUCCCUACCAUUAAAAAAACUGAUUUUUUAGAAUUGUGCAAUCAGUUAUGUACUGAAAAUCUAAUGUGCUUGUGUGAUACUUGUUUCAGGACAAGUUUGCCAGGUUCAUUUUGUUAGCAUGAGCCUUUGGAUUCUGAUUGCCAAAAGAAAGAAUGUUUUCCUGUAGGUAUAUUUGUACCACAUGUAUAUGGAAUGUUAGGGAAAAACAUUGUUCCAUUCCUUUUUUUUUUUCUACUUGAAUAUUAAGUGAACCAUACUGAAAUGAGCAACAAGUCUGCCUGUAAAGUUACAUGUCAUGAUUGUAUUUUUAAAUAAUUAUGGGGGAGAAAAUGAAGUAAAUGUUGCUGAUGAUCCCCGUAUUUAUUGAUCAGAUUAAGGUUGUUCAUAUAGUUUGGAAAUGACCAGCCCCCAAGCAGUGUUUGACUAACUUAUGCUAAACGGAUGAUUCCUCGUAUAUUCUGCUAAUUUUUUAGCUUUGUUCUUGUUAUUUGGAAAAAUUAUUAGCCAUAUGCCUUCCUUGGUGGAUCCAGUUGGAAGAUAUGUCCAGAAACCUGAAGAAAAAUUGACGCUGCCUUUGUGUGCUGGAUUGCUCUACUUGAUAUAUCAAGGUUAAAUUUUUAGAGGGAAAAUUUAAUUCUGUUAUCUUAUUUCAUCCUUGAUACAUUUUUCCCUGAUUUUUUUUUUUUUUCCUCAAAAGACUUGCCAUCUGUACACAGCCUCUUCAUUUCUGUUAUAGUAACUUAGAGCAUGAGGAUGUUUCAAUGCAAGCUGGCCAUCAGCAACAGAAAACUCAGUGCAUACUUUGCUGUUGAUAGGUUGUCAGUAUAGUCUUUCUGUAGGAUGGAUAGCAUGUUUGAGAGGUGCCAAACAAGAACUUUUGGGGUUAGUAGUGUGUCUUGUGGAGGGUACUAUAGGACUGUGUAAUUACAGAAUUCUAACUUGACGUGGCUUGGCACCCAGUUGCAACAUCUGUGGGUGGGAAUCUUUUUCACAGGCUAUUUCUCUGUAGUGGGUACAGGGUACAAAAGAUGUUAGAGAAAAGCUCUACUAAUUAUGUACUUCUGUGUCUUUGUGUGCUCAACACUGUCCUUUGUCCUCCAUGAAAGAUGAAAGAAGCAAAUUAUGUAUGUACUUUCUUUAAUCUCUGAUACUUUUUAGAUUGCAUGAUUUUACUAGGCUUGUAUUUAGGGAAGUUACUUUUAUAAAUACUUUUGUAGAUUUUGAAUCAAAACUCAGUCUUGAUUUUAAUUUUUUAGUAGUGUGUAAACUAGUUUCAUUAUGAUGGACUUAAUUAGUCCAAAGUUAAUUUUAGAAAUUAUCAGGUAGUUUAGUGUCUUCCUAUGAUCAGGAGGCUUUCUGAUGGACUGAGUUUAUAAAUGAAAAAAUAAUUUAUGUACGAAUAGCAUGUAUUUCUGAAGAGCUUAGAGUGCCUUGUAGAAUUUUUUUCUCAAUUUUAUUCUUGAGGUUUAUAAUUUUGGGGGCCAAAUAGAGAUCAUCCUUUCCUUGUUUGGAGGUUGAGGCUGUGACAUGUCCAAGGUUAUGAAGUCUUAUUUGGGAAGAACAGAAAUCAGGUCUCCAAAUCUGGACUCAUGGCUUGUUCAGAUGUAUCUGGACAAAUGAUUGUCAGUGUUUUGUUCUGUUUUCUCAAAGGAACUGAUCUUUCCUUGAGACAACCUUUUGGUGUUUGGGUUUUUCAAAUUGCCAUUAAGUUAUAGGAAUUAAAAUUUUCUUUGAACCACACUGCUGUGUAAUUUGGCAGUGAUAAUUGACAUAUUGGCCAGGCAGCCUUUCUAUCUCUUCCAUAUCCAGCAUAAAUGACUAGGAAGUGUUUGUGAUUUUUUUUUCCUCCUUUUAUUUAACAUUGAGUCCAAGUAGUUUGGAGAAUUAGGGUCCCUCUACCUUCUCUCUGCUCUUAGUAAGGUACAUAAGGUACAUCAUCUUGUGUCUGUAUGUAUAUAGCAGUAGGUCAAGUUUAGAGUACUAAAGUCUGUAAAUAAGGAAUGACUAUUAGCAUAUUCAUUAGAAUUGUUUAUUCUUGCCAGUAUAAACAUCACUUUAUUUAGACGAAAGUCCCUGAAGCUUGUCUUUCUUAUUGCUUCCCAGUAAUAGAUAAUGUGCUUGAAUAAGUAUGUGAAUUGCUGAUUGCAGCUUCAUUCAGGGACCAGUCUUCAGUCUAUAUUCCAGAAUGAUGGUUGCUGGAAUGAAACAUGGACUGUCUUAAGCUAGCAAAAUGUUCAUACUUUUUGUACAUACUGACUAAGUGGAUCCUAAAUGACAUUGGUCUUUAGACAUUAACGUGUGCAUAUUUUUAUAUUAGCUCAAGCUAAGGUUCAGAAUUGAAGAUUGAUAUUGACUAGCGUAGCUAAAAGUCAAAAUGAGAUUAGGACACUGGUCUUGGAAGGUAGAGAAAAAUACAUGUCUUACCAGGUGUUAACGGUAUCCCCAGUUCUUAGAUUUUUUUUGUCUUCUCAGACAAUUAAAAUUUGUCUCAAGAUCUGAUGAGAAGAGCGUAUUAGAUUUGGUAUGCUGGUUGAUUAUUGUGUAUUUUGUGGGACCUCUAAUUUCCCUGGUCAUCUUUCAGAAUAUUCUGUCCUGCUACCCCCAGAGAAUGAACAGUUGAGUCAGUUUCUUCCCCAGUUAUUCUUUCCUGGGGGUAUUUAUGUUUUGUCUUUAGGUUAGAGAAGCAUCAAGCAAUAGCAGUGGUGCUGUGUCCUUUGGUGUAAAUUCAAUAGCUCUGAUCUCCUAGGGCUUCCUUUUCACUUAGCUCAAAGGAUCCAUUGUCUUUUGGCACAAGGAGGCUGGCCAGGGUCAUGUAGCCAUAGCUCUUAGGGAUAGUACCUGAAGAAAUUAGCUGGGACCCAUCACUCUUUGAAACUUCACAUUUUAAGAACUGAGUUGAGGCCUGGUGCAGUGAGUGGCUCACACCUGUAAUCCCAGCACUUUGGAAGGUUGAGGCGGGCGGAUCACCUGAGAUCAGGACUUUGAGACCAGCCUGAUUAACAUGGUGAAACCCCAUCUCUAGUAAAAAUACAAAAAUUAGCCAGGCGUGGUAACGUGUGCCUGUAAUCCCAGCUACAGGGGAGGCUGAGGCAGAAUUGCUUGAAUCUGGGAGGCGGAGGUUGCAGUGAGCUAAGAUUGUACACUACUGCACUUCAGCGUGGGUGACAGAGCAAGACUCCAUCUCAAAAAAAAAAAAAAGAAAAAAAUGAGUUGAGAGGGUUGUUAUGUACUUCUGAGGCUAAGCAAGGGGUUAAGUCUUGUCAGGGCAAUUCCAGUGUGUCUGUAUUCGCAGCCCAUGGCUUAUUUUCUCUAUCGUGGGCACAUGAUCUUCCCCUCUGACCUUGAGUAUCGUUUGGUGUAGCCUAUGGGUUAUUUUCAUUCUUUACCACCAAAUGCUUUGGCUUAUUAGCUCCCCAGUUAUUUGCUACUCAAAAGUUAGGUCUUCCCUUUUCCUAAUUGACAGUGUUAAAGCUUAUGGGGUUGCCUUAUGUUUAUUCCUCUGGCUCAUUUUUAUCAGAGACAUGAUGACUGGAAAGGGAUCACAUGGUUCGCUGAUGGUGACACCUCACUAUUUCCUAGGUUUGGGUAGAGAGUAUACAGGACCAUUCCUGUUGAAUGAUGUGACUAAAGAGACUUGCCAGGACAAAAUUUUCCUAAGAAAUCAGAAAAAUGAUUAAGUGAGAUAAGUACCUGGGUGACAGACAUUAGCACAUUGGUAAAAGACAACAAAUAUUAGCUUAAAAUCUGCAGAAAUAGAAUCAUUUUCAUUGGAUUCUAGAACUUUGAAGUACCUUGAUUCUCAGCUACUUUAAACUCCUCCCCAUAUAAAUUAGGGCACUAAUAAGUAAGUGUCAGCUUGUUAAACCUGUUUUGAUGUUAAGCAUUGUAAAGUACAAAAUUUAUUAACACAUUAGGGAUAAUUUAGUAGAAAAAUGUUUUGAGGCUUCAGUAUUUGUAAAAUUUUGCAUUAGCCAGGUGCUAGGUUGCUGAAGCCAUUGCAGUGUUUGUAAUAGCCUGAGGAGACUUCUUUACUGGUAGGAUAUAUUUCUAUAUGUGCAUAUGCCUGCGUACCAUUCAGAGAGACUGGUUUUUCUCUUUGUCUUCCUUCACAUUGCUGUGUCAGUUCUACACCUAGUCUUUUUAACACUUGGCAAGUUCAAAUUUUGAUUUCGUCAGCUUAGUUCACUUUCAGGCAUAGUGCCAUUUUGCCCCAGUAUUGAGGACUUUCAGAUCCAAAUAAUAAUUCAUUAAAUACAGUUAUAUUUUAAGUAUACUGAAUUUCUGUUGGCUUAAAAUGUUAAUUCUCAAGAAUGAUAUUCUCACACUUUGUGUUGGCUGAUAAUAAAAGCACUAAUAGUUCAUCAGUAUUCUCAAAACUCCUUUUUCAAAAAUUAGGGAGAGAGCAGUAGUGAACAUUUAUGUGAGCCCCUUUGAAAUGAUGGUGUCAGAGUGCGGAGAAACCGUGGAGUUUUUAUGCCAAAAAGGCGUAUUUUUUGCUGUAAAAAUUUGGAAUUAGUUGGCAUAUAGAGGAACCCUUUUGUACUGGAAGAUAUGAGGUUGGAUUGUGAAAAAGUAAUCUUCUGAUUGCUAGACUUGGUUACCUUGGGGCAGCAAAUCUUUUUCUUCCAUUAAGGUCGCUUAACGUGGAAUGUUUUUGUCAGACUCUGUCACUCUGUUGGAGUACUUCAGCUGUUCAGCUACUUUGACUCCUAGGAGAGAAUUUAGGUAAGGUUCAAAGUAAUUAACAGGCUUUGCCAGUGAUGAGUCCCACACCAUUAUUCACUUAGUAGUCAUAUAAAUGUUAUUUAAACUUUUCUCUCUCUCCAGUGCUGGGAAUAAGGUUUUAAAUUACUGAUUCACCUUUAAAGGAAUGUUGUGAAAAUUGAUGUAAUUUGUGUCUGUUUUCAUCUAAACUUGUUUAUAAAAAGAGGGAUUAGUUUUUUUGUUUUGGGGUAAGCACCUAAUUUAUCUGGUAACCGACAACCCUAACCAUUGGCAUAUAGUCUUUCACUCAGAAAUAAACAAAACAGUUUGGUAUAUCUGUAUCAUUGCUGAUCUUGUACAUUUCACUUUUUAGGGCAGUACCAUACAUAAUCUGAGGCAGUUGACUUAAACCAAUAAUCUUACUUUAUGUAAAGUAAGCAGCUGAAGAGCAAAUUAAGACAAAGCACAGUGGUCUCAGAUUCUUCAUAGUGUAGGAACAGUGGUUUUGUUCUAUACCACAGAAAAAGCACUGUAGCGUAAUUGUUGCCCCUGAUAAUGAAGAUCUCCCCCUCACUUCUAGGUGGUUUAGGUUCAGAGCUUUAUUAAUAAGGGAAAUACAUACAUACUACAGUGAAUUCAGCAAUAGCACAAGUUGGCAGUAGCUAUCCCCAGCCUAAUUUAUCUUGGUAACUUCACCUUGUUCCCUAGUGCUGCUGGAUAAGGGAGUGUUUACUUUUUAUUGCUCUUUAACAGAGUAGUCAAUUUAUCAGUGUAGCCUAGACUUCUGUAAGUGGAAUGUUUGUUAGUAACUCAUCUUUUUGUUGUUAUAAUUGGAAAUAGAAAUGAGGCUUACUGCUAUUGUAGAAAUCCCGAACUGGCAAAGGCCAGUAUAUAUGGUAUUCCAUAAUAUAACUGCUUUUGAAAUUUAUGUGUUUGGUUGAGUGCCUUCUGGUUACCAGUAUUGACUCUGCUAGUUUGCACCUUUCCGUUCUUAACAGAAAUAUUUGCUACUCCUCUUAAAUUUUGUUGUAACUAGUGAAGGAAGUAAAAAACAAACCAUAUCCAUUAUAUUUACAUACUUUAUGUGCAGCCUUUAUUUAGGUUCAGUGAAACCAGGUAGUUCUUUAUUUGUGUUGCAGUCUGAAUGUUAUUUAUUUGUUUCUUUUAUAUCCAUAAUUAAAAAUUUCAAGUAACUUAGUUCUGUGAUGAUCUUAAUUUGUUGUUUUUCCAUUGUAGGUUUGAUAGGUGUAUCUGAGAACAGGUAUGUGACAGCAGUUUAUAUUCCAUGAUAGAGAAAAAGCUAAAGUCCAUAGAAAGCACAAAAUCGUGUUCACACAUUAGUGUAUCCACACGUAGAAAGCACAAGACUAAUAGUAUUCUGAGUAUCCCACAAGUGCCAGUCAUAAAGGCCACCAGGUAUUUGUCUGAGUUGCUAUGAGGAGUAUGGCAUUGAUAAGCCCAAGACAAUGCGGUGUCUAAGUUAUUGGUCCUAAGUGAUAAGGGAUCCAAGGGAAUAAUCUCAGUAAGUUUGUGCCACAGUGAUGGAGGAAGAGAAUAUAAAUGUCAAGAAUGCCAAAAUUAUAUUUGGGGGGUACUAGCUAAAAUGGGGUUGGAGGGCUUUUUACUGCAACUUGAAACUAGAGAAACAGGGACGGAUGUCUAGGUUUUUGGUGUGUGGAGCAGGUGACACAUUUCUGCUUUAAGCUGUAGUGUCAUUGGAAUUUUUAAAAAAAUCUUAAGUCUUUUAAGAAAUAUUACCUCUCAUCAACAGUGCCCCCCCAAACAUGCAGAAAGUCAUACUUUAAAAGGGCAAAUACUACUUGUUUUUGAUUUUUUUGUAUAGGUUUGUAUGUGAGCUAGGAAGUUACCUUUAUUUUUUUCAUAUACUUGACCGUGCUUAAUUUUAAUAAAGGAGAAUUUGAUCUGAGUGUUCUGGACAUGAGAAUGAUUCUGAAGCACAUUUGCCAGAGGAGCUACUUUGCUUUUCACAAUGGGAUGGAGAAGAGUGUUUUAUCUGUCCCAUGAACCUUCUUCCAGUCUAGAUGAGAGGAAAUCUGUGAAUGUGUGUGCAGAAGAAAAUGUAUGUUGUUCUACUCAGUAUUGCCCUUUUCCACCUCCUCACUUUAUCUCUGAGUAGCUUAUCAAGAAUGAAUGAAUGUGUUUUGUCUUAAAUUUUGCCCAUGUGUCAAAAGAUAUAAUUCUCAGAAUGGGAGACAAAUGACUACCUUUGUUUCUACUCUUUUCUAUUUUAUAAAAUUGCCUUUUUAGGGAAAGACCUGGUCAACUCUCAUAUAUCUAGAAGGAAGACUCUAUCUAGUGUAGACUAAUAUGAGAUGUUUUAGAAGAGUUAACCUGAACACUUUGAGGGAGAGAUUAUUCCUGCCAGCGAAAAGCUAGCCAGGUGUGAGCCUACAACAUUAUUUGAGAAUAUCAAACCUCAGGCCUGGGGAUGAGGGCAAGAAGAGUACCAGAAAUGCAGGAAAAAGUUUUGAGGAACAUCCUUGGCUUAGCAACAUGUGAUAAUGCAAAGCUGUUAUAACCUGUUAAUCCUACAUAUUAUGUGUUGUGUACCUUUACAUGUUUUUAAAUUUAAAAUCGUUUGUAAGAACUGUACAAAAGAAUGCUUUUGGAGAUUUCUUUGGCAGAAAUGCCUUUCAUUUAUAAUUUCAUGGAAAACUGCUUUAAUUAGCCUAGGUGAAAAGUAGUCCUAGCAGUGUAAAUAUGUAUAAUUAGAGUUUUCUAAUUUCACUGUGAGAUCUCUAACUUUUGAGUGGCAAGCAGAUCAAGUCUUUUGCUCAUAGACUUUUCUGUGGGGUUAUUAAAAUGCAAAAGCUUUAUUUUUUUUCUAAUAAUGCCAUACCCUAUUAGUGUCAGAUGAUGGUAUGGAAUUUGUUCCCUGCUUUCCCCCACUGUUACUGCUUCAGUUUAUAGAUUGCCAGCAGAGUUCAGAAAUAGAGCAGGGAUUUAUCCAUUCUUUGCUUGGACAUACCGUUUUCUUUUGUCCAGACUCAUGUUGGCAAUCACGUAUGAACUGUGUUAUACUUCUCAGUGCUUUUUUUUCUUUUUGAUAAGAUGGUUAUCAAAAAUAGUUGCUGUGCAAAAGUUAGUAGUCUUCUUCAAGAAGAAAACCAAUUCUUUUUCUAAUAGUAUCCUGUGAAAUUGCUUCAUUCAUUCCUUUAUUUUUAAGCCAAAUGUCAGCAGAGUGCUGCUGCUUUUAUCUAGUAAUUUUGAUAUGUAAGUAUUAAUGCAUUUUUAAAAGAUGUCUACAUUGAAAAAUGUUCUUCCCAGUGUCCUGCUUAUGUUGCUUUGUUCAGACUUUUUUGUAACAGACCAAUUAAUACACUGGGAGUGUGUAUUGUGUACAUGUGUCAUUUUAGUUAGGCAUUGUAGACCAAAUGUGAUUAUAAAUGAAGUUGACGAACAUUAAUUUUUAAUCAGUGAGUUUUUUGAAUUGUCAAUGGAUUUCUAGUUUACCCUCUGUUGUCCACAGCUUUUUUAAUUUUAAGGUUUGACUAAUUGGAUCCAUCUCAUUGUACAAUGUUUUAGUUGCAAGCAGAUAGUAGAAUUUGGUAUAAAGCAGGUUAUUUCUAUAUCGAAAGGAGUACAGUUGAAAGUGUAGAUUUAAGAAUGUUAAAAUCAUUCAUGAUAAUUCUAACUUGUUUAUUCUAACCUACUGUGUACAAUCUGAUUUUUUUAAAUUGUAAACAUGUAUGAUCUUGGUUUCAUGUGUUUUUGAAAGUGUUAUUGUUUAAAAAAUGAAAAAAAUGAAGCAUAUCUGCUAAAGAGCUGUCAGUUUUCAUUACUGACUCUGUAAAAUACACUGUUCUUUGUGUACUGUGUGUUAUUUUGCCAGCUGCUGCAUUAGCCUUCAAGAGUAUUUGGAAACUUAAGAUGAACUACAUUUCUUGCAAAGUACAUUCCUUUCUGUGGUAUUUUGUCCUGUAACUGAAGUAUAGUAAUUAUUUUAUGGAAAUGUUAGAAAUUCUGUACCAACUUUGAAUAAAAUGAAAAAUUUA